AUGAGAAUUGUAGAAGAGAUUGUUGUUCCUCCACCUGAUGAGCUUCAAGAAGAGAUUAUCCAGCAGAGGAUUGAUGUUGAUAAUUUUCCUCUUUGGACAAAACUGGACUCUCCAGAUGCAAUUCAGGAGUAUGUCAAUGAUCUGAAGGAACAAGGAGUUAAAGUGGAUUUUGAAGACUUCUUCAACUCUCUUCCAGAUUGUCCUCCAGACUUGUCUAGACCUUCCAGGAAAAGGCAUCAGGAGCCAGACUCUGAUGAUGAAAGGAAAUCAAAGAAGAAAAAAGCCAAGAAGGUCAAGACUGAAACAAAAGCUGCCAAGCUUCAAUCAACUCAGAGCAGAGUUCCACGGAUCACCAGAUCCUCUGCCAAGGAGACAAGUAAGUCUCAAGUUGAUGUUUCCUCUGCUCCUGUUAUUAAUGUUAAUGUUAUUCCUUCCUCUUCUUCUUCAUCCCAAACACUUACUCCUUUUCCAGCCCCUCUCAUCCCAAAAUACCAAUCUCUCACAACCCCUCUAACCUCAACUUCUGCAAUUUCGACAUCUGCAAUCGUUAUCACUACUACUCAAGAACACCACACUCCUCCUCCUAUCCAACCAGAUCUUCUUGAUCAAAUUCGCCAAGCAUCCUCUGCCCCAACUCCUCCUGUUGUCCACCUUCCAUUCCCAAAUCAUCCAGAAUUACCACAACCAUCCUCACCAAAGAACACAUCUUCCACAGAACGAGAAUUUCAUAAAGUUAUGAAAGAAAGAACUUCUGGCCCUCUAGAUGAAAUCUUUGAUCCAAUCCCACCAUCUUCCUCUCUCUUCAACCCCACACCCUUAGCUGUGGUGUUUCCACCUUUCUCUUCCCCGGAUUCCUCACAAAUCUCUUUGUCUAACUACUCCCCAGUUAUUUCAAAGGAUUUUGUAUUAUCCAAUUCUGAUCCUCAACCCAUUCCAGAUCAGACCACUUCUGAUCAGGUGACUCAAUUUCUGCCCCCAACUUCUGAAGCAGAAACCUCUGCUCAAGAAACCACUAGCUCUAACCAAGUUGUUGCUCAACCCAAACAGCUCCCAAUCCUUCCCUAUACCUAUCCAGAUCCUACCAACCUUAUGGAAUGCAUUAACAUCUUUAAUGGUAAGGCAACAACACAAUUGAGAAAUCUCUAUGCUAUCACUUCCCUAAGUGAAAAGCCAAAUAUGGUUAAUGCUCAAUGGGAAAGUUUUGUUAGCUGGAUGCAAAGACAGAUUGAGGACAUGCAUGCAUUCACUCAUCAUGAGCGAUCUGCUAGAGUUGAGGCUGCCAAGGUAACGAAAAGGACUCUGACUGAACGAAGACAAGUUCUUCGUGAAUCCAAGAUCUUCAUUAAGCUGAGAGAAGCAAUUCAGAAUACGAAGAAUAAGGAAGAACAUUCAGAGGAAGCCAAGGCUAAAAGAGCUGAAGCUGAAGCCAGAGAAGCUGAAUUGGAACAAUUAGUUGCUGAAGCUGACGAAUUGGCCAGAGCCGCUGGUGCACGUCUUAAAGCUGCAAAGGUUGAAGCCGCUCAGAAAGAGGCUGCUCGCUUAGACGCUCUGGAAACAAGCUGCUAA